AUGGCUUCUCUCUCGUAGUGAUGGAGGCGCAUCGUUGACAACAAAACAAAACUGUAACUUUACACAUUUAUUUCCCCCCCUGACACAAGUUGGACUUACGAUGCAGAAGAUCAAGUCUCUCAUGGCCCGACAGGGCCUGAAAAGUCCCCAGGAAAGCAUGGCAGACCUCAGUCCUGUGGAGAACCUGAGGAUCCCCAGCAAGGAGGAGUUGCGGGAGGUGAGGGAGCAGCCCAUCGACCCCCAGGCGGAGCAGGAGAUGAUCGACAGCAUCGAGGAGCUGUACUACUCAAACGACUCCUUCGACAUGGUGCAGCACGAACUGGAGAAACUGCCCCCUGAGCUAAACCUGCAGGAGCUGGAGGAGUACAGAGACAAGCUGAAGAAACAACAGGCAUCAUCACAGGAACUGGAGCGAGUGACAUCGUUGCAGACCAACCUGCAGCUGGCAGCGGUCAUUUGCACUAAUGCAAGAAGGCAACUGAGCGUCUCGAAGGAAGAAUUCACAGAAGCCAGCUUGGGUCUUUUGGCCAAUCAGAGGAGGCGGCAGCUGCUGACAGGCCUGCUGAAGUCACUGAGGACCAUCAAGACGCUGCAAAGAACAGAUGUGAGACUCAGCGAGAUGCUUGAGGAGGAAGACUAUCCAGGUGCGAUCCAGCUCUGUCUGGAGUGUCAAAAGGCUGCCAGCACCUUCAAACACUACAGCUGCAUCAGCGAAUUGAAUUCCAAACUACAAGACACUCUGGAGCAAAUAGAGGAGCAGCUUGAUGUCGCCCUGUCGAAGACUUGUAAGAACUUUGAUGUUUCGCACUACACCAAGGUCCAGCUGGCCUACACUCUCCUGGGAAAGACACAGACUGCUAUGGACCAGCUGCACAUGCACUUCACCCAGGCCAUCCACAACACAGUGUUCCAGGUGGUGCUGGGAUACGUGGAGCUGUGUGCUGGCAACGCUGAUACCAAGUUCCAGAAGAUGCAGUAUAAAGACCUUUGCACGCACAUUACCAUGGACAGCUACAUUCCCUGCCUGACGGAUCUCUGCAAGGCAUUGUGGGAGGUGAUGGUGAGCUACCACCGCACCAUGCAGUGGCACGAGGAGCAUGACAAACAGGACACCUCACACACUCCAGGUAAGAGGCUCUACCUGUUUAAACCACCAUAA